AUGAGCUGGAAUAUGUUUUCGGAGUCGUCGAAGAGCACGCUGAAGCAGUGCGCCGACGCUGUAAAAGGCAUCGCGGAGGAGAGGAAGCUGUUGGAAGAGGCGCGCACGAAGGUCGACGAGAUGAGCGGGAAAAUCAUCGAGGGGCUGGCAGAUGCCAUUACAAAAGCUAGCGAGGACGCCGUCGAGAAGCAGCUGAAGCAGGUCGAGGAGCGGUUAGUUGAUUCUGUCAUGAAGGGUAUUGAGAAAGCCGUCAAGGAGGACUUAUUCUACUCGACCCUCCCGCCAGAGAGCAUGAAGGAGUUGAAGGACAUUGUGAGAAAAGGGUAUGAAGAAGCUGAAGCUGGCAGGUUGGAAGUCCUCACAGAAGCGGUGGCGAGAGGGUUUCGGGGCUCGGCGGGCCCGUCGACGAGGUCGCGUCAGGAGGGGGCGGCUGAUGUUUGCAGCGGGGUUGAGCCUCGAGUUCAUGAGUGCUCGGUUCCCCCUUCUUUGUCAGUGGGAGGACAUGUCGGCAGCCUGGUAGCAUCCCCACUGCCGCGUGCCCGUCAUCCCGUCGCCAAGUCCGGCGAGGACCAGGAGGUCAUCGUACUCGAACACUCGCCACAUGCGAAGACCUCCGAAGCGGCUCCGAAGCCUCCACCUGAUGCGUUUGCUCCGCUGCGUUACAUGCUGCAGGGCCUCGGGAAAAAGGGUGGGAAAGGAGUGGUUGCGGGGGAGAAAAGUGGUGCCCCAAUCGAGUUCGUCGCCUCGGCCGGGAAAGGAGCCGUGGGAAAGCGAGGUGCCCCUACCCCGUCUGGCGGCGCUAUGGGGAAAGGAGCGGGGGAGACAUGGGGUGCUCCCAGCCAGGACGUCGUCGCUGCCCGGUUGCUGUUGAAGACAAUGGCCGACUCAGCUGCGCAGCUUGGUAUUAUUGGUCGUCCUGUCGAGCUUGUGGGAAAGAGGGUGUCUUCCUCUACCCCUCCCGUUGCUCCUGUCGCUGCUCCCGUCCUAGUGAGGAAGUCGACGAAGCGUGCUGCAGAGGCUACAGAGAGAAGUGACGUGGUGGAGCUGGGCAGCCUCCUUGGCCAAGCUCCUGUCGAGAAGGCGUCUACCGUCGUUGCUGGUCGACAGGAGAAGGCAAAAAAGGCCACGGUGCUCGGCUACGCCCCACCUCCUCCGCCGGACGCCCAAGGCAAGACGAGGGAUACCAUAGCUUCUUUCAAAGGCCCGGGCAUGUGGCUGCGGAAGGGGAGGCCCGUUUCCGAGCAGACCGUAGGCGGGAGGAAGCGGUUCCUGGGCAAUUUUGAAACGGUGGAGGACCAAAAGUUAUGUACGGCCAUCUGCUGGCGCGUUUACUUCCCCGACAUAAAACUCGAGAAGUACGAGGGGUUCACGGCGGAUGAUGCAAAGGAUUGGAAGGAGUAUCUCGAUGUCGCCGCUAGUUUGCCGACCGGAGUGUGGAGCGUGGCGCAAGAACAAGGGCAGUGUCGUUUAGAUGAGCGAGUUCUGUCGAAGUCGUUUCGUUUUACUGUGGAAGUCGUGUAUCGGUUUUGUCAAAGUCGUUUUGUCUGA